UAAAACUUUAUUGCUAUGAACCUAGUUAAUGUAUCAAACAAAUGUAAUAUUAAAACGAUAUUCCAAAUGUGUUCUAAAAUGUAGGUGUAUAAUUUCCGUGUUAUGCUAUGUAAGCACCGCAGUUGUUGUGUUUGUGAUUCAUCACGCUUGUUAACAUAAAUGUUCCAAGUUCAUGAAGCAUUGUGAAGCUCUGAAGAUUGGUAUGAGAAAGUAUCGAAGAUGUUUUCCGUUAAAACAUUGAUCUACAUGAUUGUCCUAACCAAAAACGAGUUCUUGCCAGUUUCAAGUAAGAUCAUACAAGAUGUACAAAUUUGUGACUACCAGAAGGAAACGGAUUUCGGUCUUCAAAUUAACGGCUCUGUUAGAGGAUCCCUAGAAAGCUUACCAAAAAUAAUAAAAGGCUUUUUAUCAAUAUCAAAAUAUCCUUCAGAUGAAGAAAAAAUCAUCAAGCAGUAUCUUGACAAAUGUAAACAAAGUCCAGAUUGUCGACUUCGAAUCGCAUUGGACAAGAAAAAUACAAACUCAAUGACCCUUUGUGUAAUUGUGAGUGAAGAGACAAUUUGUUUUAUCUCCACAUGUACGUGUUCUGCAAACCGUAAUCGACGAGAAAUCCCAUCCCCUCUGAUUACGGAAAAUCCCAAAGGACCAAACAUCAAAAAACCCAUUUGUAGUUUCAAAAUUAAUUCCACAAAUACUAUAUCUGACAAAAAUCGAAGAAAUUGUACAAAUCCAAAAGAUGACAUGUUUGUAAUUCUCAAAGAAAAUACUACCAUCGGAUCCGGAUCAAAGGAAAAAAACCCGAGAAGUUAUGAGGAGGAAAAUAAACGAGAUGUUUCAGGUGAUAUCAAGUUGAUACAUGGAUUUUUCAUCGGACUCGGCAUAGGGGCUGUAUUGGGAGGUUUUGCAACUGUUCUUUGGUUCAAGAGAAAAUCGACUAUGCCAAAAAUAAUGUCAGUGGUUAAUGGGAUAUACAAAAGCGGAAAACCUAAGGAUGAUGAGCUGUAUCUCCAUGAAGUCACUGAAUACUCAGAAAUACCAGAUUUAGAGCAAAAGAAUGAAUUCCACCAAUAUUUAGACAGUCCUAAACAUGUAACUCGUGCGAAAUUCCACGCAUCUCCAUCUCUUGUCGUUCCUGCCGAUACGUGUGAACACAACUUUCAGAAGGAUGACAAAGAUAAUAAGGUACAUACACACGGUAGGGGACUAGUUGAAAAUCCAGGUUUAGCUCCUUUGAGGAGCUCAAAUGAGUCUGAUAUUCAACAAGAAAAAGAAUGUCAUGUCAACAGUGGAAUUAAACAGGAUACUUAUUUACUUUCUUCCAAUAUGAUUGAUGUCACAAAAAGUCAUGACGUAUGUAAAGAUUUUUCAAUAGACAUAGCUGACGUGGACAUAACUACUAAAACCAAAGAAAACAAAAUAACGGAAACACACACUGAAGAGCUGGAAAAUCUCAACAGCAAUUCUACGUACUUCGUUUUGAGUGCAGAUAGGAAUAAAAAGUCUAUUCCCGAAUUUACCAGUUGUAAAGAUGAGUCCGAAAACAGCAAACUUCAAAACACGGAAAAGAACGAGGAGACAGAAUGCAAGAAAGUGGACGGACAAGAUAAUGAGAGGGUGUAUUUUGAGCUGACUAAAUUUUCCUGAUGUCAAAUAACCGGGACUCAACAGGUCGUUAUAAAUAGAAAAGUUUUUUAUUUGGUUUACAGCUCAUCAGCUUUAACUAACGAAUCAUACAGAACAGAGACACAAACUUGGACGUAGAAUAUUCCGACUAUAUAUCAAAAUUGACUAAGUGAUGGUACUCAAACAUAUGGAGAGUUGUUCAGUUGUUCAUUGGAUAAUUGCAAGUACUUCCCGGAUAUAGACACUUCCUUUUGCAAAGAGCUAACAAUGCUAGAUUCAUCUAUUCCAAUUAUGGUUACAUGUACAUAUAAUAUCUUUUCAAGUUAAACGUCAAUGCUAAUUAAGCGGUUUUUUCUUUAACUUGUGCAAAAUACGAAUUUCGUUAUCUGGACAUUUGUGUUAAAAUCAAUGUAUGUAUGUCGAUAAACUGGGUUUUUUCUUAUGUAAAAUAAGUUUAUGUUCGUGCAUAUUACUUUGUUUACUAAGGUACUGUUUAGUAAAAUAUUUUUGUCUUAAACCAUGUGAAUGAUACAUGAGGUACAAAACAAUAUUCACAAAUGACAAAAUAAAGGUCAUGUAAGGAAGAAUAAUCAAACACUUUUUAGAAUGAUAAUGAUUUUAGAAGCAUUGACAAGCUGUGUAAUGAUUAUCUGUGAUGCACAUGAGACUCUUGAAUUUAUAAGUAUAAUCAUUAUAUGGUUAAAACAUUUCAUACCAAUUUAUAUGUACAAUAUGGACUUAACGUUUGACAUUCCUUUUGAAUUGUGAUUUAUCGCCCAAUGAAUAUUUAUCACAUAGAAAUAUUUAAAACAUUUUCUUCGUUAUUCGAUCUUCUUAUGUCAAUUGAAAGUUUGUGGUAAUUUUGUGGAAAUAUUAAACAAAUUGUUUGGAACUCUGUUUAGAUAAAUUCAUUUUAAGACUUAUGCAGGCAUCAAGAAGUAUCCUUUAUUCUAAUUAACCAAUCUUUUACAAACUGAUUUAAAUAUAUUUCUGUAACAAUACAUUUUAGCCAACAGAUAAUAGUAAAUAUUUGAAUAAUUUCUUUCUUUAAAAAUUCCAUCCAGCAUACUUUGUUUGUAUUUUAAGCUAUGAGUGCAUAUACGAAGUUAUAUAAAUUCAGUUAUAAAACUACUUAAAAAAAUGAACAAAAUCCUUUUAUAAGAUAUCGGUAUUUUCGUGACGAUCGAUAGAGGUAGAGGUAGAUUCGACUCAUGCUUUUAUUUAAAUUAAAAUCCAUUAAACAGCCGCAUGGGAAAAUCAAAUUUCUCAUGUUUCUAAAUACCCCGUAUUUUUCAUAGUUUUUUUUUUUUUUUUUUUAGAUAUGCUCAAUUUGUUGGUUUUCGUAUUUCUAAUUUAAAACUAUUUUCAAUGAAAAAGUAUAUAAGAUCGACCCGACUUUUAAGCGAUAAAAAUAUCCUUGUUAUUAUUACUUUUAUUUCAACAGAUUGAAAGAGAUUAAAAUAAUCGUACAUGAUCACUAUUUUAGUUUCCAAUUUUUUGCUCAAAUUCUUCACCCAUGUAAUAAUAAUUAGUAUAAAGUUGAUUUCUAAGCCAUUAAUGAACAAUAAAGUAGAAAGAUUUCAUCUUGUUUAACUUGCAUAAUACAUUUAUAACAUGUUGUGCGUUUUAUAUGUAACCUAUAUUUACCAUUGAAUAUAUACCUAAUGUAUAUAAUGUAUUGAACAUACUUAUAAUGCAUUGAAAACAUCAACUAUUCUCAUCAUUGGUUAACCUUAUUAACCCCUAACAAGAUUCUCUUACCACGUUAAUUGCUUGUUUAAAGUCUGUAGAUGCAUAGUAAAGUUUUUGUUCAUUGCAUAAGGCAUGCAUUUACGCUAAAAAAAAACCUUAUCUUUUGUACAUGUAGUAGAGUCAGGUAUAUUACAUUCCUACUAACCCUGCCUAGUGGGUUAACCCUUUAGCUCGAUCUGUAGAGUGCUGGACUGGUGUGCCAAAGGAUCCUGGUUCAAACCCCCAGCAGAGGCAGUAAGUGUCUCUGUCACAUUUGGCGCCCACAUUAACGUACAUUUUAAAUCAUUCCCUAAAACCCGUUGACCUUAUGUUAUAAAUUCUACAUUCUUGGCAAUAUCAUUCCAAUGUGUCUAUAGUUUGCAAGUACACAAUUCGUUUAAAAUAGUCGGGGAUGUUUGGGUCGCCCCUUAAAUGUGACUAUUUAUUGAACAAUACCAAUAAGCUAAUCUUUUGAAACAAUACGGAAAUAAAAACAAAACCCGUAAAAAAUGACGUCAUAACAAAAACACAUUAUACUAGCACUGCUGGACAUAGAUGUUUGUUAUAUAUUUUGUUUAUAUUUUUUCAGUUUAACUCUUGGGAAAUGUAUGUCUGCAGUAAAUCAUCAAUUUAAGACACAAUGAUAAUAAAUAUUGAAAUCACAUUCGAUUACAUCGUAAUGAUUAAAUAAUCUUUGUAAUCCACUUAUUAGAUUAUUAUAAGGAACGAGGAGAUAAUUUAUAAAAUCCUCUCGUGAUUUGACUUUUUUUUUAUAAUUGCGUCGUUUUAAUUAAUGUCAGUAUUUAAGUUUAUUGAUGCUAAUAGCCAACCAAUGGCACGUUCCAAUGUUCAAGUGAAACAAUAUAAAAUUUAAAAGGUUUACUUGUCAACAAAUUAAGGCCAGAUUGUUAAUAAAUCGAAAACCUAAACCAUUUUUCCAUUGCGGAACACAAAUUUUCUACAAUUACUGCAGUUAUAAUGCAGUGCUCUGAACUAUAACUGAAUGUUACAAAACUACAUCUAGCAGAGCCUUUACUUUUUUUUCACCAAUGUCUAAAGGGCCAAAUGUUUUUCAAAAAAACCCUAAAAACUACCCUCGAACAAAAACACUAUCGGAACUUGCAUGUACUGCUCUUAUAUCGGUAUAGCAUAACAUAAGUAUGCUCUUUUUUGCUUUGUGUAUGAUCUAAGAGAACCUUGGCUGACGGUUCAUUUCGUGAUUUUUCAUUUACUUUUAAAAUGUAGAGAAUAACAACUUAAAAAUAUAAGGAAUCAAGAAAUAAGGGAAAUGACAAGUGUACUGAAUAAAAGAACGGGUUUCAUUAGAUGCUACUUACCGUAACAAUUAUAAUAAUGCUAAUAUUUUAAUUUAUAUUUGUUCCCACAUUUUAGGUGUGUGCUGUAACUAAGGGUUAAUACACAUGAUGCAUUAUGGCAUUUUUGCUUCGUUGAAAAUUUAUUUUUUCGAAUGUUGAUGUUGAAGUAACACCUUUGUUGAAAAAUGUAAUUCCUUCAACUCCAUGAAAUUAUUGUUUAUAUACACAAAGGGGUUAUUUUUUUGUAUUACGAGCUGUAAUUGCCAUGUUGUGAUUUUCGUUACAAAGACUAAGCUUUUCUUCAUUUUGUGAAUAUGUUGAAAUAUGUGGUAUAAAUUGUUCCUGGUCCGAUCAAUCAAUCUUUUUUAAUUCCGUCAACUGCUAGUUCCGUGAUAUCGUAACGUCUUUACCAUUUAUAGACAUUGUUAUGUCCGUGUCAACGUAAUAUAGUAUCUGUAUAUGUAUAUUAUCUAAGAUAUUUGAAAAAAAAAACCAUUUUCACAUUUCUGUUUAACUAGUGAAUAAAUUGUAUACUGUGUUUUAUUUUAAAGAGACAUUGGACAUUGUGAAUUGAAACAUCUUAUUGUGCUUGACUGAACAGACUUGGAGGCUGUCGUGGCAUACUUACAAAAUAAAUGUAUUGUUGUUACUACAAGAUGGUAAAAAAAUUACAAACUUUCACUUUUAUGUUUCAACCCAUUUAAGAUUUUCUUCUAUUCCUGUUUUGUUGAAUUUUUUUGGUAUGCCUUCUAGAUCUGUGAUAAAAAUGUACCAUAACAUUUAAACACGCAUCUUUGACAUGAUAAAUACGGUAUGAUUUUAAUGGCUUUGUAUCAUUUAUUGAAGUAAUGUCAACCGAUGAACUAUAAAACUAUGAAUAACUUGUGUAUUGUUGAUGUACUUAUUAAUAUAUCAUAUAAGAAUAAUUCUGUGUUUUGAAACCCCUAUUUGCAGCUGCAGAAAAAAAUAUUCCAACAGGGAAAUUUAAUAAAAACUGUCAACAUUGGUUAUUCAUUAAAAGCACAGCAAUUUAAAACAUAAAGAGCAAAAUUUCGAAAACAAAAAAGGGACCGGACGAACAAAAAUUAAGCAGUGAGUACAGGUGAAUUAAAUACUUAAAGAAAAAUAAGCAAAAUAUAUUAUGAAACACUAUGUUUAUGACCAACCCCAAUCCAGAUUUUAUGAUAUUUAUUUCAAAGCAACACGUGCGUGAGUGUAAGCUCUCGAAAGUGUCAUAAAUUGUGUACAGGACAACAAAUACAAAUUUUAAGCAAAAGCUUAAAGGGACUUGGACACGAUUUUACCUAAAAUUUUUAAAUUUUAUUUUCCCGUUCAUAAUUCUUUGUUUUGUUAACAAGGCUCGAAUAUUGUCAUUU